GUGUGUAUCUGAGAGAUGAUAACGCCGCUCAGUCGUUUAUACCGUUAAAUAAACACGUCGACUCUUUGCAGACACUCCGUGCGCAACAGCUGCUGCGCUUCAUGGUAACUACCGCUAAUAUUUGAACCCAAACAGCCGACAGGAUAAACGCAGCGGUUUUCACUCAAUAGUAAAAACAGGACGGGGGGGGGGUCGCUCUGUUUGUCUGUGUUGUUUCUAGGACCGGUUUAAGCGCUAUACGAAUCCAGUGCACGACAGAAAGCUGCGCGGGUAAGCAACUGGUGAGCGCGUAAGAAGUGAGAGAGAGUGUGUGUUUGUUUCUGCGAGACUCGCUUCUCUUCCCCCAGUUCAAAAUCCUCAGGAAACGGUCGACGGCUGUUUUGGAGACCCGGAGCGGUGUGUUGUCUCCAGCGGCGUGUUGCUAGCCGCAGAAGCCGGUCCCUGGGGAACCAUGGCAGAACUGGAGAAGGAGGUUCUGCCGCUGCCGCCGCGGUACCGGUUCCGAGACCUGCUGCUUGGAGACUGGCAAGCGGACGACAGGGUGCAGGUGGAGUUCUACGUCAAUGAAAACACUUUCAAGGAGCGCCUGAAGUUGUUCUUCAUCAAAAACCAGCGAUCAAGUCUGCGGGUGCGGCUGUUUAAUUUCUCCCUGAAGCUGCUGAGCUGCCUGCUGUACAUCGUGAGGGUGCUGCUGGACGACCCGAGGGAGGGCCGCGGAGGCUGCUGGGGUUGUCCGAAGCAGCAGAACAACGCCACAUACCAGCACAGCCAGUUUGAUUGGGUUCACAUUAUCUGGGUCAACAGACCGCUGCCGCUGUGGGCUUUGCAGGUUUUAGUGGCACUGAUCAGCCUGUCAGAGACCAUGCUGCUUGUGUAUCUCAGCUAUAAGGGCAACGUGUGGGAGCAGGUGCUGCGGGUCCCGUUUAUCCUGGAGAUGAUCAGUGCUGUCCCCUUCAUGAUUACAGUUGUUUUACCUUCUCUCAGGAACCUGUUCAUCCCUGUGUUUCUGAACUGCUGGCUAGCCAAGCAUGCUCUGGAAAACAUGAUAAAUGAUCUCCACCGAGCGAUACAGAGGACUCACUCGGCCAUGUUCAACCAGGUCCUGAUCCUCAUCUGCACACUGGUCUGCCUCAUGUUCACAUGUAUCUGUGGGAUCCAGCAUUUGGAGCGAGCCGGUAACAACCUGACGCUGUUCGACUCGCUGUAUUUCUGCAUCGUGACGUUCUCCACUGUGGGCUUCGGAGACGUCACCCCCAAGAUCUGGCCCUCGCAGCUCCUGGUGGUCAUCAUGAUCUGUGUGGCCCUCAUCGUCCUGCCCAUCCAGUUCGAGCAGCUGGCUUACCUGUGGAUGGAACGUCAGAAAUCGGGAGGGAAUUACAGCCGCUACCGCGCCCAGACUGAGAAGCACGUGGUGCUGUGUGUCAGCUGCCUCAAGAUAGACCUGCUCAUGGACUUCCUCAAUGAGUUCUACGCACACCCUCGCCUGCAGGAUUACUACGUGGUGAUUCUGUGCCCAACAGAGAUUGAUGCCCAGGUGCGCAGGGUUCUCCAGAUCCCCCUCUGGUCUCAGAGAGUCAUCUACCUGCAGGGCUCCGCACUCAAAGACCUGGAUCUCAUGAGAGCCAAGAUGGAUGAUGCGGAGGCCUGCUUUGUCCUCAGCAAUCGCUUUGAGGUGGACCGCAUCGCAGCCGAUCACCAGACCAUCCUGAGGGCUUGGGCGGUCAAGGAUUUCGCCCCCAACUGCCCUCUGUACGUCCAGAUCCUCAAACCAGAGAACAAAUUCCACGUCAAGUUCGCAGAUCACGUGGUGUGUGAGGAGGAGUUCAAGUAUGCCAUGCUGGCUCUGAACUGUGUGUGUCCGGCGACCUCCACCCUCAUCACCCUGCUCAUUCACACCUCCAGAGGCCAAGAGGGGGGUGCUGGCUCAGCUGAGCGGUGGCAGCGCUCGUACGGCCGCUGCUCUGCUAACGAGAUCUAUCACAUCCAGCUGGAUGAGAGCAAGUUCUUCGGGGAGUACCAGGGCAAGAGCUUCACCUAUGCUUCCUUCCACGCCCACAAGAAGUAUGGGGUGUGUCUGAUCGGAGUACGGAGGGUGGACAACGCCAACAUCCUGUUGAACCCGGGGCCGUGCCACAUCAUGAGCGGCUCAGACACCUGCUUCUACAUCAACAUCUCCAAGGAGGAGAACUCCGCCUUCAUCUUCAACCAGCAGGAGGCGCUGCGCGGGAGCCAUGGCCCGCCGCAGAGCAUCUACCACGGCCUGACACGCCUGCCUGUGCACAGCAUCAUCGCCAGCAUGGGCACCGUGGCGAUGGACCUGCAGGACUCGGGCAGCAGUGAGGGCAGUCCAGAGAGCGCCAGGGUGGGAGGGAACACGCUGGCGCUGCCGGUACCAGACCCGGCCCGGGAGAGGCGGCACAGCAUCGCCCCGGUGCUGGAGCUGAUGGACAACGUGCCCUCGCCCUCCUUCGACCUGCUGAGUGACCAGUCUGAGGACGAGGCCGGACCCGAGGGCAGAGAGGCUGAGCCGGACUGCGGGGGCACCAGCGAGUGGGUGAAGGGGUACCCCAUGAACUCCCCCUACAUCGGCAGCUCCCCCACUCUGUGCCACCUCCUGCAGGACAAGGUGCCAUUCUGCUGCCUACGUCUGGACAAGGGCUGCCACCACAUCCCCUACGAGGAUGCCCGCGCCUACGGCUUCAGAAACAAGCUGAUCAUCGUGUCCGCGGAGCAAGCUGGCAACGGCCUCUACAAUUUCAUCGUGCCUCUGAGAGCGUACUACCGGCCCAAGAAAGAGCUGAACCCCAUCGUGCUGCUGCUUGAGAGCUCACCAGAAGCACAUUUUCUGGAAGCGAUCUGCUGGUUCCCCAUGGUGUACUACACGGUGGGGUCCAUCGAUAAUCUGGACAGCCUGCUCCACUGUGGGGUCACCUUCGCUGCCACCAUGGUGGUGGUGGACAAGGAGAGCUCCAUGAUUGCAGAGGAGGACUACAUGGCCGACGCCAAGACCAUCGUCAACGUGCAGACUCUGUUCAGACUGUUCCCCAGUUUGAGCAUCAUCACAGAGCUGACUCACCCGGCCAACAUGCGCUUCAUGCAGUUCAAAGCAAAGGACCACUACUCACCCGCGCUCUCCAAACUAGAGAAGAAAGAGCGUGAGAAAGGGUCAAACCUGGUCUUCAUGUUCCGACUGCCCUUCGCUGCAGGGAAGGUGUUCAGUGUGAGCAUGCUGGACACCCUGCUGUACCAGUCCUUCGUUAAAGACUACAUGAUCUCCAUCACAAGGCUGCUGCUGGGUCUGGACUCGAUGCCUGGUUCUGGUUUCCUCUGUGCUAUGAAGAUCAGUGAGGAUGACCUGUGGAUCCGCACGUACGGACGCCUCUAUCAGAAGCUCUGCUCCUCCACCGGAGACAUUCCCAUCGGGAUCUACCGCACCGAGACCCACACCCUGCCCACCUCCGAGUCUCAGGUCUCGAUCAGCGUGGAGGACUGCGAGGACACCAGGGAACCCCGAGAGCCAAUCAUGUGCCGGGUGAACCACCGCAACUCCACCUCCAGCGACCAGUCGGAUCACCCGCUGCUGAGGCGCAAGAGCAUGCAGUGGGCACGCCGGCUGAGCAGGAAGGGGGGUCGGCACUCCAACAAGACCAGCGCAGCCGAGCGCAUCACGCAGCAGCGCAUGUCUCUGUUCCGACGCUCCGAGAGGCAGGAGCUAAACUCCCUCGUCAAGAACCGCAUGAAACACCUGGGCCUCUCCCCCUCGGGAUACAAUGAAAUGACGGAUCACGGCAACACUCUGUCCUACAUUCUCAUCAACCCUUCCCCCGACACCCAGCUGGAACUCCACGACGUCGUGUACCUGAUCAGACCAGACCCUCUGUCUCUGGUGUCCAGCCAGGCGGGCAGUCGAACGGGCAGCUCGGGGAGAAGCGACGGGUACCGCUUCAACACACAAGACAGCACCCACCUGUGAGGGACACGGAGACAGACAGGGGGACCGACGUCCACAAACUGGACAGGCAGGAGACUCCUGGCUCUGGGUUCAGAUUUGAUCGGUCCCCACAAUGGCAACAAGUUUACAAACAUCACCAGAACUUACAAUUGGUGGCAGAAAUGUGCUUUUAAAUGCCUUUCCCCCUCCAAUUCAGUGUGCAUCCCUCUUCAUAACACUGUGGUCAGGAGCUAUAGGUAGAGACUCUGCAACUCAUGUCCCGCUAAUGCAAUUGGGAGGCAAACGGGAGCUAUAACCUCCUCAGAACCUGUUCUGCGGUACAAAGGGAAGCCUUAUUUAUAACAAGGAGCACCGUUGAGAUUUUUUUUAAAUCAAAAGGGACCAGCCAACACCAAGUUGUCUUUUAGAUGCAGUUCCAUCAGGGAAACGCCUGUGUUUCCCGUUGAAUUAUUAAUUAAAAUUCCAAAACGCACGUUCUUUCAUCAUAGGAAAAGCCUUAGUGUGCAACUGCCACCUGUUGUCAAGCGCUCUUUAUUCUAUUCAUCCAUUUCAAAUGAUCUCCAGUCAGUGGUUCUGUACUACAGAGGCAGUGGGUAGCACAAGGGCAGCUACAAAGAGGGAGAAGGCUGGUGGUACAACAGUGGCAAACGAUCACAGCUGUGCUGCUCCAUUGUUGAACAAUCUCUCACAGGAGCCAGGUCAGUGCAUGUUAUCAGGAUCACUGUGCUGUGCAGUUCCCAUCGUGUUGCCAUUGGUGUGGUUCUGCUAGUUGGGGGUUUCAAUACACGGGGGUACAAAGAAUGGGGAUCCUGAAGUUAUCUUUCAAGUUUUGGGACGAUAGCACCAUUUUGUGGAAGGACUGUUUUAAAAUACCCUAUGGCCCAGGUGAAUGUGUUUCUGAACUGCACAAGCAUGCUGUACCUGCUGUCUUUACUACCUGUCUGCACGUUAAGAAGCACCCACUAGGUGAUUAGCAGCGAUUCACAAUGUGUUACGGUGACCCCCUUUUUAAUAGCGCUGCAAGGACAGAUUUAUUUGACUGGUCAGAUUGAGCUCGCCACAGAAACCAGACGAGGGUCACUGGUGUUGAUUGGGCUAAUUAACAAUUACUGUUCUUAAGAAAUGCAGCAUUAAAUCAUCACAAACCCAAGCCGCUGUUUCUUCACAUGUUUCACUUAGAAUAGUAAAUUAGCCCAAUCAACACCAAUGACCCUCACCUGAUUGUCUGAACCUGAUUUCUGUGGAGAUCCACUCAUUCUGAAAGAUCAGCUCCUGCAACACAAAUUUUCUUUUAAAUCUUAUACAUAUAUAUAUUUAAAAUCUUAUGGUCAGUUUUAAAUAGGGAUAUUAGACUAGGGAUCAGCCUCAUCACUAACGCCAAAUACCUUUCAGGACAGACACCUCCCUUUCUCUUAGGGGGUGAGCAGUUCAGUCUCCAUGCCUCAAGCCUGCCCUGCCCUGGACUGAACUGGAGGGAGUCCCCUUUCUCUUAAGGGGUGAGGGAGGGAGCAGUUCAGUCUCCAUGCCUUUCUUAUGAGGGGCGACAAAGGGAGCAAUUCUGUCUUCAUUGCCAUUCAGUCCUUGCUUUCUCUGAGAAAACUGUUCAUUAGUGCCAAACGUGAAGAUGCAUGUUUUUUUUUCUUUCUUUUUUUUAUGAUGGAACAUUCCACAUCAAAUCAAAGGCCCAAGGGCAGAAAUCGUCAAGAACGCGCGUGCCUAUUUAUGUAUUUAAUAUUUUAUUUUAUUGGUCAUUGAGCAGACACUUUCAUCCAAAGAAACUUACGAGACCAAGGGGCAAACUAUCCAUCACCACUGCUGCUGCAGAGUCACUGACAAUAGGACCUCUGUUUUACAUCUCAUCCGAAUAGGGCUCUGAGAUAAUCAGCUUACAUCUACUAUCAAGCUGUGCAGAAGGAGUGUCAUUCAUUUAUUAAAAACUGUAAAGAUCAGAGAAUGUAAGGAAAUACUUAAACAUUUAAAACCUGAGCUUCUCGUUUAUGGAUUUACACUGUGACGAUGCUGCAUACUGUAUUUAUAACAAAACAUAUUGGGAAAUACAUUAAAGAAAUACUAAGUGCCUUUGUCUUGGCUUUUCUUUCACGUCUGAGCAGAG